AUGUCUCUUCCCUUCUUUCUUUUCCUCCUCGUAUUAUCUCCGGCGAUAUCUACAAAGGCACUUAACCAAAGCGACGCCGCCAAUCCCGACCAAUUCCGAUUCCCUAACCCCCGCCUCCGAGCGGCUUAUAUCGCCCUCCGAACUUGGAAAACCACAGCCAUCUUCUCCGACCCGAAAAAUCUUACCGCCUCAUGGAUGGGCCCCAACGUCUGCUCCUACUCCGGCGUAUUCUGCGCCCCUCUCCCCUUUCAACCCUCCCUCACCGUCGUCGCAGCCAUCGACCUCAAUGGUGCCGACAUCGCUGGAUUCCUGCCCCCUGAACUCGGGCUCCUGUCUGACCUCGCCGUCUUCCACCUCAACUCCAACCGCUUCUACGGCGGCGUCCCUUCCACAUUUAGCCACCUCAGGCUCCUCUACGAGCUCGACCUCAGCAAUAACCGAUUCGUCGGCAAGUUCCCUGCCGUUGUCCUCAAGCUACCGUCGCUUCGAUUCCUCGACCUCCGGUUCAAUGAGUUUAAAGGGAAUAUACCGCCGGCGCUCUUCGACCGCCCGCUUGAUGCCAUCUUCCUUAACUCUAACCGCCUCCGUGGUGGAAUUCCGGGGAAUUUGGGGAAUUCCCCUGUUUCUGUUGUUGUGCUUGCAAACAAUGAUCUUGGCGGGUGCAUUCCGUCAAGCAUUCAAAGGAUGGAGAGAAGCCUUAAUGAGAUUAUUCUUCUUAAUGAUAAUCUUGGCGGGUGUAUUCCGCCGGAGGUUGGGACGGUGAAGAAACUUACUGUCUUUGAUGUGAGCUUUAAUAGGCUGCAAGGGUCGAUUCCGCUUACUUCUGCGGGGUUGACAAGUUUAGAGCAGCUUGAUGUGGGGAGAAAUCAACUUACGGGAAUUGUUCCCGGUGCCGUUUGUAUGCUGCCGAAGCUGCAAAAUUUCACCUUUUCUUAUAAUUUCUUCUCCGGCGUGACCCCGGAAUGUGUUGGGAGGAGAGGGGUGGUUGUAGAUGGGAGUGAAAACUGCAUUGUUGGAAUUCCGAGCCAGCGGCCACCGAGUCAGUGCACGGCGGAUGCUACGCUGCCGUUUGAUUGUACGAUGGCAAAGUGCGGCGCAGGAAAGUUCCCGCUCCCAAGGCCGGCUCACCUGGGAGGGAGACCGAGUUUGAACACACCGCCACCACCGAAGCAGGGUGUUAAGGGUAGCGGAAGAAGCUCGCCACCGCCACCGCCGCCGCUACCGGCGCCUGUUAGUGGGGAACACACGGGGCAGAUCUCUUCCCAUCCACCACGACCGCCGCCAUCUUCGGCGCCAUCUCCGUCGACUAAAUCUAACCCACCUCCUGCUACUGGACAAGGCUCUCAGCACUCUGCGGUUCCACCGCUACCGCCGCCACCAUCGUCUUCUGGCAAUGAACCUGCGGAAUCGCCACAUUCCUCCGCACGGCCACCUAAAACUUCGUCUCCGCCGGUCUACCAUUCGCCUCCAGCUAAGCAACCUGUUUGGCCAACGACGGCGGAGAAUCCGGUCUACCCUUACCCGUCUCAGACAGUCCAGCCCAUUCACCAUUCGCCUCCGCCAGCAGAACCGAUACAUAACUCGCCACAUCCGAUCCACAACCCAGGGCUUUCUUCGCCGCCUCCAGUCUACAACUCGCCACCCCCAUUGAACCACCCUGUCGAACAUUCGUCGCCCCAUUCGAGCCAACCGCGCUGCGAGUUGCCACAUCAUAUAGGCUCUUCUUCUACCUAUACCGCCACUUACACUCACCAGCCUACAUCAUCCAACCCAAAACAGCCCACUACCAACCAUUACUUGCAGCCCAUUUCUCCUCACCAGCAUUCCUCAACAUUAGCCCACUUCUAA